GGCUCAGGCAAGGUAAACCGUUUAAUCGUUGACGCACACUGAAAAAUGUUCGGAAUCGCGCAAACAUAGAUGAUCAGGACGAGAUGCAACAAUGAGCUUGCAAGACACUCGUUCUACAGGCGUCAUCGAAUCGAUUACUUUGCACGGAAUGGUCUGCCUUCCUGGUGACGCGCGACUCCGGAGACAAUAUCUCUGGCUUUCGGUGACUUCUUCAGCCUUUUGGAAGGAUAAAGACUUGGACUUAUCGAAUUAAUCUGUACUCCCUGACCUGCAUUUUCCUUUCGUGAGCUUGCUGAAGCUGAACAUGCGGAAAGUCUACGACAGUUUAAUUCUAGGGUCUGGCUUCGCGGGCCUUUCCACAGCGCUCACUUUAGGCCGAUUGCAUCGAACCUGUGCCAUAUUAUCAAACUCGACAUUCCGCAAUGCAGGCGCGCAUGCCGCACAUGCCAUUCUCGGUCAUGAUGGAAAGUCGCCAGAAGAGAUUCGCCGCACUGGACGGCUGGAAAUCGAGGCUUACAGGCACGCCGAGUUUAUCGAUGCCACAAUCAUGAAAGUCUACAAAGAGAAUAGCUCUCGCCACAAUCAUGAAGUAUUUGUUGCUGAAGACCAGCAGGGCAAUAGAUGGGCCGGGCGAUCACUUGUUAUUGCUACAGGCUCCAAAGACGUAUUUCCUGAUCUCCCUGGGUUUGUCGAGAAUUGGCCAGAUAACAUAUAUCAAUGCCUCGUAUGCGACGGUCAUGAGCGAGCAGAUCUUCCAAAGGGUAUCCUCGCAUAUCCUCAGCUGACCAUUCUCGCCUGCAAGAUGGCCACAGUGGCUCAUUUCGAAUCACUGCCACCUGGUGCUGGCCACGAUGCAACAUUUCCUCCCACCCCGUCGAAGGUGACGGUCUUCACCAAUGGCCCAGCCAAUCCACACAAUGACAAGGAAAUCACUAGGGGUCUCCACAUACUGGCUGGCCAUGGUAUAACAGUCGAUGAGAGACCAAUCCAGAAGCUCGUACGUGACCCCAAAGAAGGUCUCCAUGUACAUUUCACCAAUUCCGAAACCGCCUAUAUGGGCUACUUGUUUUUCAAGCCCGCUUCCACACCUCACAGCCUCACACAAACAUUGAUUUCUCAUUUCGGACUUGACACGACCAGUACGCCUUUUGGUUCGAGUCUUACAGCAAGUGUUCCUACGAUGAGCACCAACGUUCCUGGUAUAUUCGUGGCUGGAGAUGCGGGAAAUGGUAUGGGGAAUGGCACGAAUGCGAUUCACACGGGUGUGGCAGCCGCAGCCGGUGUUACUCAUUUCGUGAACGAGCUAGAUGAUGAGAUUGCGUUGAAACUCUGGAUGGAUGCGCAGAAGCCACGGAAAGAAGCAUGAACGGACCGAAAUGUCUCGAUGCGCAUUGAAACAGUGAUGGUUCUGCUAGGCUCCUAGCUUGGGAAGAAUUUGAGACGGAGCUGGUACAGAGUGCAUAGAGGAAGAAUACUAG